GUUUCGAAGGCGGGAGUGGAACAAGCACAGGUGGCAUUUGGAAUGCAAAGUAUUCUGAAGGUAGAGAGUGGAUGGCGGUAAUGCCCCGUUUGUCACGCGGUAAACUGCCAAAAAACAAGAAAGAAGAAGCAGCAAAAGAAGAACAAGACGAAGAAGAAGACCGUAUUGUUACGAGUGAACAACCAGCUCUGUCCCAAGAUGGCCGCCGUGUGAUGACUUUCCAGAUUCCCUCACAGCGCUCGUAAACUAUGUAUAUAUCUAUGGUCGGAAAAUUGUGAUUUGCCACUUUACUUGAAUACAGCAGCACAAGAAGAAGCUUGUACUUCCGACCGGGCUCAAACCAAAUAUACGACCGUACUCGCCGGUCUUAUCUUCGUUGUCUUGACGAUGGGGGAGGCCGACGUGAUACAGAACCAAGCCGACGAGAAGCCCUCGGACGCGUCUUCUGUACCCGGCGAGGAGUCGGUGGUGUGGAGUCAUGAAGUGGAGGUCUGCCUCUUCCACGCCAUGAUCGGACACAAGCCUGUCGGAGUAAACCGUCACUUCCACAUGAUCUGCAUCCGAGACAAGUUUAGUCAGAACAUUGGCCGCCAGAUCUCCUCUUCUGUCAUCUGGGAUCAUCUUGGAAGCAUGUAUGACAUGCAAGCACUGCAUGAGUCAGAGAUCUUGCCCUUUCCAAACUCCGAGAAAAGUUUCUUUCUGCCUGAUGACAUCAUCCAGGAAGUGAAGGAAGGCAAGCUGUGCUUGGAGGAGGAGCUUAAGGAGGAGCUAGAGCUGGAGCGGGAGCAGCCUACAAUGCACGAAGAAGAAAGUAACUCCUCGCUCAAAAUGUCAGAGCGAACAAGCAGCAGCCGUGACAAGGAGAAGGGUAGCGUUGAUGUUGCAGGUACAGGAGGAGGAUCAGGUGGGAAGGAAGUAGAGAAGAGGAAGAGGAGUCGUGCCACAGAGAAGCUCUUGUCAUCGUCCAAUCCUGCCAGCCCCGGCGGAGCCAAGAGGAGACGGACAUGACUGGUCACAUGAAGAACCGUCAGAGACUUCCGCUUGUCUCGUGCCAGUGCGUCUUGUCCCGUCCAGAGCACCAGCGAUCGCAUGAGUUAAAGAGACCCUUUAGAGAACCUAGUUUGUGAAGAGACCUUUGUUGUCAAGCCUAAGCUCUGUGUUUUUCAGUUUUUGUUUUUUGCCACCGUGUUUUCCCUCUUUUGAGUCGCUUUUGGUUUUUGGCUGACUCCAACCUGUCAGAAUAAAUUCCUUUUUUGUUGGCACUCUGCAUCCGAGUCCUCUCCUUGAUCCAAGUCUGAUAGAGCAUAGCAGCAAACACUGCAACUGAUGGUAAAAUUGAGGACACAAGGGCUUUAUACUUCCCAAAAGCAGUCAUCCACUUGUAGUGCUUUUUCAUCCUCGUGUUGAGGGAUUGCAGGCUUGCAAUCGCCGUCAGGCUCCCAUCAGGGGCAUUGUCGUUCUGGAUGAAGGUGCAGCAUUGUUCUCUGAACAUUACGCAGACCCUUCCUUUCUCAGACAACAACAUAACAGGAGCAUUGCGGUUCUGGAUUGACAUUAGGGAAGGCGUGGCUAGCUAUUCGUGCACUGCCUCAAGUCCCGCUUGUGUCUGUUUGCCCAAUUUCUGCACAUUUCACUAUCAGUAGACGUGACAGAUUUCACACAAUCUUUGGUCAAUGGCAACGGAACAACAUAAAGAAUCGGUCGCAAACCCAUACAUAUGACAUUCAUUUUUUUUUUCUGUCUUUGCAGCUUGUUUUACCAUUAGCAAUCAUCAAUUAUUUCUUUUACCAGUUACUCUUAGUCACCUGAAACAAAUUAUCCACAUUCAUUUUAGAGAUAUUAAUUCAAUUCUUUAACAUCUACAGCGGUUGUUGAUAAAGUACACCAAUAAACAUCAUACUUUCUCCAUGGCCGUCCAGAUCCGACACAACGGAUCACACUGCAAAGGUCAAAUUGAUCUUUUAAAUCGAUACGUGUAAUAUUUAUGUACAGUUUGACCAAGUCUAAACAUCUUGUCCAAGAUUGUCCAGUUUCUUCCAUGCACUUUUACACACUUUAUACUAGUCCUGCACUUUGACGAUGAUGAGCACAGUGAUUUUUAAGUCAUUAUGGAACAUUGUACUUAUUCUCCCUAUUACCGUAAAUUCCGGACUAUAAGCCGUCUUUCUAAACAUUGCCUGUGACGCAGCAGUAGUACCGCAGCAACACGGAAGUGUGCACGCGAGUUAUUAACAAAGAAAGACUGGACACAGAAAGCUUUUUUAAAGUUUUAAUAACAUACCUUAACAUUUCUUUCCAAACACUGCCCGUGACGCGGCAGUAAUACCGCAGCAACACGGAAGUAACACAAGACUAAUGGGACUGGAGUAAAAAAAACAUACCCGGUAAAAGUCACUGAGACGCGGCGGUAACACAGCAGCAACACAGUAGUACAGCACCAACAGGGCUCGUUAAAAAACAUACCAGUAAAAGUAAAAAAAGAGCUUCAUCUUCCUCCUGUGCACUGAAACCACAAAACACAAACUAGGACGUCUUCUUCAGCGCAUUAUCUCUUCUUCGUCUGUCUCGCUCUUGCUGGAGCGCCCCCUGGAGGCCGUAAGAAUCCAUAAAUACGACGCGCCGCGCCGCCAUUUAAGCUCUAUUUCCCUCUGACAGCCAAAUCGAUUGCUUUUAACUUAAAACCUGCAUCAAAUGCAUUUCUUCGUGUGUUUUCCAUGAUGAGGGUGUGUGCAUGAUCCGCGAAAUGUUCAAAACACAAACUAGCACGUCUUCUUCGGCGCAUUACCUCUUCUUCGUCUGUCUCGCUCUUGCUUCCUGCUAGAGCGCCCCCUGGAGGCCGUAAAAAUCCAUAAAUACGCCGCGCCGCCAUUUAUGCCUCUGGGUUCAAAGUACCGUUUUUUUCCGUGUAUAAUGCGCGAAAUUUAACUAAUUUAUUGUCCUAAAAUAUGGGGUGCGCAUUAUACAUGGGUACAAUUUAAACAAAAAAAAAAAUCUUUUUAAUUUUUUUUUUUUAAGAAAAUAAUGGUACAACAAAACCAACAACAGGACUGACCGACAAAGACGUAGAACAAAAAGACAGGGUGACAUUACCAAAGACAGGAACAGAAACCAAACAGACAUAACACAGUAACACAUGCAAUGAUCCGACGGUGAGCGAGGGGCAGACAGGACUUAAAUACAAAUCACGUUACAUUGAUUGAGGUGACACAGGAAGGGAGGGUGACGCGAACAGAAACUAUAGCAACCUAGACACAUAGCAAAACUGGGGACGAGACAUGACAAAUCUCCCUCGAAAUAAAACUUGAAAUCACCUUUCUUCUUGUUUGUUGUCAAUCGCGCAUCGCAUUCAGCCAUCCUGCCCAACACACUUAGUCAGUAAAAUUCAUAAUUGACGAAACAUCGUUUGAUGCGAUGGUGCAAUCCUUGAUGGUGUGUUAUUGUCAAAUAUUGUUUUUUAAUCUCCAUCGCAGACCGGACGUCAUACCGAGGCAGUAUCACUGCGCAUGCGCACUAUGGAUCCGAUGCGAAUAGUCCUCUUCUCUUCUUGACUGACAAUGAAUGUGAUAGUUUAAUACAAUCAGCAAAUAACAAAAUGCAUAUUACAGGUAAUAUUUUAUUUCACAACACUUUGCCUUGUUCCUUUCGUCUCUGCUGUUCACUUCAAACACGCUCCAUACGACCGCAAUGCUCUCGUAUCAGACGCUUGCUCGAUCACCUGCUCGUUUGCUGUCACAUUGUACCCUACACAAAUCCGAAACAUUUUGAGAGCAUUGCGGUCGUAUGGAGCGUGUAUAUAUAUAUAUAUAUAUAUAUAUGCGUAUUAUACAUGGGUACAGGCUUUUUUCCAGCAUCAACAUGCCAUUUUUAGGGUGCGUAUUAUACAUGGGGGCGCAUUAUACACGAAAAAAACGGUAACCUUCUGAAUAAAAUGCAUUAAAAGUUCACGUUCAUUACAACUUGUUUUUGGUGAUCAAAAUGUCAGAAGAAUUGAAUUUAAAUGCUGAUUGAUUGGGUUUUAAUACAAUGCAGAUGGUCCAAACAGCGCCACUACUUUGUGUAAUCUCUGAGUCACAUGGCAGAGUAAGAGAAAGGGUUUAGAGCCCUUUGACGCAGGUCACCUAGCGUGCAUUCCUACUAAAGCUCAGAAUAGUCACAAGCAACACAGCCAGAAUAAGCAGCAGCCAUAGUCGUGUUUCAAAAUAGUAUUUUUUUUUUGUUUGUUUGUUUUUUUGUUCAGUGUAUAAAAGUGAUUAAGUCAUCACAAAAAUCAUGAAAAAAAUCCUUAUAUAAGGCGCACCUGACUAUAAGCCGCAGGGUUCAAAAUUUUGGAAAAAAGUCGCGGCUUAUAGUCCUGAAUUUACGGUACUUGAUUUACAAAGUUUACCCCAUUACCAUGAGAAUUUAUCUCUGAAAUCCCAUAUCUCGGUAUCAUUUCUUUACAUAACGUUUUUGGCACUGUUAAGGCAUUCAGUGUUUAUUUUGAAGCCAAUUCAGUCCAUUUUGAGAAUGCAUCUAUUAUGGCCAGACAUUAUAACCCUGUGGAUUGUGUUUAGCACAUGUUAAACAAGCUCUACAAAUUUUUUUUUAUAAAUGUUUUGAAUAUGAAUCAAAUAGAUAUGUUGUAUAAAGCCGACUGAACUGCCCUUUCAUCCCUCAUGUUGAGCCUUCUGUCAACACCAUGUGACAACACCAUGCCUCAAUAUUGCCGCCCAUUUGUCUCGAAAUUUUUCCUUUCUCGAGGUGACAAACCAAUCCACUAAUCGAAAAAAAAAAAAAUAACUGCCAGUAAAUUAAUAUAAUAGGUAAUUGUUGUUGUUUCUUAACUUUAACUAACUCAAUCGCUCUCUUCUCAAAUCUUAAAUUUAGCUUUGAAAUGUCGUUAUUUCAUAAUUGUGCUUCAUCCAAUUCUAGAAAGAAAGUUCUUUCUAUCUCUCAAUUUUUGUUUCAUCAGGGCUAGGCAUUAAUGCAGUGUGGACCAGUUUCUGCCCAUAAACAAAUUGCUUGCCUUUUUUCACUUCCUAUUUUGCACUUCCUGUUUUUCUUUUGCGGUGCAAAAGAGAUAGACUACAGUCUAAUAAAUUAUUUUGCGCACCUAUAUUAGCCAAUUUCAUCCUUUUAACACAUAAUACUGACAGCACACAGACAACACGAAAACAGCAGAGACACAGCUCACAAACAAUACCAACAAACAACGCUGCGCAAACGUCAUCCUCUAUUUUGACGUUUUGGUUAUACUUUUUUUCCUCAUCAGUGCCUUUUAUCCUUCAUGCAAAUGUUGUCACAUCUUUUGUUAAGCCUCACUCUGCUUCAAACAGUCUCUGAGAAACUCACACUGUCCCUGCUCCGCCCGCAGCCAUAGCACCCCCUGUACGAGGGGGGGCGUGGCGUCAAUGUUGACUGUUCACAGGCUGGCCAUUUCCUGCAACAAUCAUGAUGCCGGUCCACCGCCCGCACGAGCAUAGCACAGGCGCACAGCCCAGACCCGCGACUAGGCGCGAGCGCAGGCAUGCUCAUCAGUUUCACCCUCUCAAAGGGCAGACCAACUUUGCGGUUGCACCCUUCAUCAUAUUCACAUUCGACAUCUGUUAGAAAAAUGUAUAUAUAUGUUGUCAUGUGUUCUCCAAUCAAUGCCUUACCGCAAUAUUACUGCAAUAUAUGCUUGCUGUUUGGCCUUGCUGUUUUUAUGAUGUACCACAGAAGGACAGUUCCUUUCUAACAAAGACCAUUUUGUUAGACAACGCCUCAUUGCUGUCCUGCACCCCAGAUGAACCUCCAAGUGACCAUUAAAGUCAGGGUUUCCCAACUAUCUUGAUCGUAGGAUUAGGUUGGAAUGUAUAUAACCAGUAAUAAAUAACUUAGCUUGUUGCAUCCUACACAAUGUCGUAAAACUUCCCUUGCUAUGUUUUAACUAGAGGUCAAAGGUUUUUUCUUCUGUAUCCAGUCCACUCAAACUCCUCUUCCCAGAUGUUCUUAUCAGUAUGUAAACACCUAGUGAUUUUUCCUUACGAGACAAAGCCCACAUGCUUUCCUCCUCCCCUUUAGUGGCUUAUGUCUCACACUGUGGGUAGGGCAAAUCCAAAUAAAAAGAGCGGGAGUGCCUACAGAUAUUUAGUGUGUGUAGAGAUUGUAUUAAGCUAUCUGUACUGCACUCCUCGCGAGAAAAGACUUAAUA